GCCCCGGAGAUCACCAGACCACGAGCUCCUGAAAUCAAUAUGGCUGGGAAUGCUGUCGUCUUCCGCUGCUUCACAUUGCUGCUCAUCUGUGUAGCGGUUAGCUUUGUGAGAACACAAUCAGCGCCUGAAAGUGCACUCAUAACAUCUAUUCCUGGUUUCAAUGGCACUCUACCUUCUAAACACUAUGCAGGGUAUGUGACAGUUGAUGAGAGUCGUGGGAGAAAAUUGUAUUAUUACUUUGUUGUUUCUGAGAGGAAUCCGUCACAGGAUCCAGUAGUUCUGUGGCUCAAUGGUGGUCCUGGUUGUUCGAGCUUUGAUGGAUUCGUCUAUGAACACGGUCCCUUCAAUUUUGAGGCAGGAAAGACGCCCAAUAGCCUGCCCACCUUGCAUCUCAAUCCAUACAGCUGGUCGAAGGUUUCCAACAUCGUGUAUUUGGACUCUCCUGCUGGUGUUGGAUUUUCUUACUCUGGGAACGAAUCUGAUUAUAUAACAGGAGACCUAAAGACUGCUUCUGAUUCUCACACAUUUCUUUUCAAGUGGUUUGAGCUCUAUCCGGAGUUCCUCUCUAACCCAUUUUAUAUUGUUGGGGAGUCAUAUGCUGGAGUAUAUGUGCCAACUCUGUCUUAUGAAGUUGCAAAAGGAAUAGAUGAAGGUGUAAAGCCUGUUCUCAAUUUUAAGGGUUAUAUGGUGGGAAAUGGAGUUACAGAUGAUGAGUUUGAUGGCAAUGCUCUUGUUCCUUUUGCGCAUGGGAUGGGCCUAAUCUCAGAUGACCUAUAUAAGGAAGUUAUAUCUGAGUGCCGUGGAAACUAUUAUAACCCUGCAAGUGACAGUUGUGAAAGCAAGCUUGAAAAAGUUGAUGAAGAUCUUGAGGGAUUAAACAUAUAUGACAUUCUGGAACCAUGUUAUCAUGGUCCAGCUACGAUUAAAAUGAUAAAUGGCAAUACUAAGUUGCCGGUGAGCUUCAGGAUGUUAGGUGAGACUGAAAGGCCUCUUCCUGUGAGAACAAGAAUGUUUGGCCGUGCAUGGCCUCUCAGAUCUCCAGUGAGAGAUGGACUUGUCCCAACUUGGCCCCAGCUUCUCAAAACCACGAGUGUUCUAUGCACCAACGAUGAAGUUGCUACAGCAUGGCUAAAUAAUGAAGUAGUUCGGCAAGCAAUUCAUGCUGAAUCUGUAAAUGUGGUAGACACUUGGGAGUUAUGCACAGGCAGAAUUCAGUUUCAUCAUGAUGCUGGGAGCAUGAUCAAGUAUCACAAGAACCUAACCUCCAAGGGGUAUCGAGCACUUAUAUUCAGCGGAGAUCAUGAUAUGUGCGUUCCAUUUACCGGGAGUCAAGCAUGGACAAGAUCAGUUGGAUAUAAGAUUGUCGACGAGUGGAGGCCUUGGAUUGUGAAUGAUCAGGUUGCUGGAUUCUUACAGGGUUAUGACUAUAAUCUCACUUUUAUCACCAUCAAGGGUUCUGGACAUACCGUCGCAGAGUACAAGCCACGUGAAGCUCUGGAAUUUUAUACUCGGUGGUUGGAUGGGAGGAAAAUUUGAAGCUUAGACUGAUCGAUAACAUGUGAGGAGGGAAGGGAAACUAAAGAAUAGUGCAUUAGAAUGUUUUAGGCUACUCCAAGUUUGCCUUCAACGAGGUCAGAAUGAGUUUAGCUUGUAUUGAUGGUCCCCUCACAGUCAGAGACGAGAGAUACAAGGGGGCACAAAGACUGGUAGAACAAUGGUUAGGACACCGGAAAUGUAUUCUUUUAUGAAAUAUGCCCAUAGUCUGUGAUGCUCCUUUUCUUCCUUGCUUUUCUUAGUGUAACAAUAAUAACUUGCUUAGUUACCUGCUGCUAGUAGAAACAACCAACAAAAUACAUGGAUAAGGCUGCAUGUCGAAUGAAUAAUAGAAUUUCCUGGUUUUAGCUUGCACAGAUACGUAUGCAGGCAUAGCCACUCCCCAAUA